AGAAACCCUUCUUCUGCUUCUCUCUAAACUCCCCGCGCUCGCGCCUCUUAGAGAUUCUCAACCGAUUCAUUCUCGUUGCUCUUUGCGGCUAAUCGAUUUGCUCCAGGUAAGAUUGCGGAUGGCAGCGGCGUUAGUAGCUCAGCAACUUGUUACUGCUAGUGUUGUUGGGAACGCAUUUGUGACGCAGUAUUAUCACAUUCUGCAUCUAUCGCCGGGGGAUGUUCAUCGAUUUUAUCAGGACAUAAGUAUCCUUGGUCGUCAAGAGGAGGAUGGCACCAUGACCAUCACCACCACUAUGGAAGCCAUUAAUGCGAAGAUUCUUUCCCUGAACACUGAUAAGUUGAAAGCAGAGAUUAAAUCAGUAGAUUCUCAAGAGUCCUUUAGUGGUGGAGUUCAUGUUCUUGUGACUGGUUGUAUGAGAGCGAGGGACAACUCAUGCUACAAUUUUGCGCAGUCAUUUUUCCUUGCCCCGCAGGAGAAGGGUUACUUUGUUUUGAAUGAUACGUUUCGGUAUUUGGAUAGUGUCCCUGCGAACCCAGCCGUGGCCAAUGAUAUUGUGGUGCCUGCCUCUCCUGAGCUAGUAUCUGCCGUCCCAGCAACAAUUGUGGAGAAUCAUGUCCCUGUCAACGAGGAUAGCGUACCUCCUGUGGAAGAAGCUGUGGCAGGAGAAGUUCGCAGUCCAUCUGAGAGUAAUGAUGUGGCAAUUGUUCUUAAAGAAGAAUCCCCGGUGGCUGAGGUCGAUGAUGCACAAAAGAUUGUUGAAUCUAGUGCCAAAAUUGAGGAAUUGCCAAAGAAAUCUUAUGCCUCUAUUGUGAUGCAUCUAAAGGGAAAUGUUGCAUCUUCCCCACCUUCACAAGUGACUCCUCUAAAAGCUCCACCAAAGAUUGUAGAGCCAGUGCAUCCACCUUCUGCCCCAGCAACUGAUGGACCUGUUUCUGGUUCGGAAGUUGUUGAUAAUGGAAACAACCCAGAUGGUGAAGCUGAUGGUUACUCAAUAUACAUAAAGGGUCUCCCUAUGAAUGCUACCGAGAGCUUACUUGAGGAAGUAUUCAAGAAAUUCGGUACUAUCAAGCCCGAUGGAAUUCAAGUUAGGAGCAACAGAUAUCAAGCCUUUUGUUUUGGCUUUGUGGAAUUUGAGGAUGCAAGUUCUGUAGAAAAAGCUCUCGAGGCUUCUCCCGUGACAAUUGGUGCACGCCAUGCAUUUGUUGAGGAGAAGAAGUCUACUAACACUCGAGGAAAUUCCAAGGGGAGGUUUCAACCAGGAAGAGGUUCUGGUGGAUUCAGAAAUGAAGGAGUAAGAGGACGUUGGAACUACGGAUACGGGAGGGGUGAUUUCAAUGGAAGGGGUGGCAGGUUCUCAAAUCGAGAUGGAUAUCAGAGGUCUGAAAACAUGAGGAACAAUGGUGGCAGUCGCAUGAACCGCACUGGUGGCUUCCCAAACGGCAGCACAAAUAGUGUCGCUGUCGCUCCUCGGGUUUCUGCUACUGCUUGAGCGAUGAAGGUAGGUAGUCAGUGUGUGGCUUCAACUAGGUGGAUUUAUUUUAGUUUUUAUUUAAAACUGUAGGGAAUUUUUACAUGGUCAAAAAUCAAAAUUAGUUUUGUCGAACUGCUUAGGUCCCUAUUGCCGCUUUUGUUCACAAUUUUCCCAUUCUUGGGUACAGUUUUUUGAGUAGGAUGAGGUUAAGUAGUUCUUUUUUUUUUGAAUUAGUAUAUUGGCUGAUGAAAAAACUUUAAAAUAUUUUGUACUGGGCUCAUUUAUUGGAAUGAAAUUCAGUUUCCCAUUUUA